GGGGGACUUCCCGGAGCCACGGAGCCCGUGUCGCGCGGCCGGCCGGCCCACGGAGCCCAUGGACCUGAGCGCUGCCGCCGCGCUGUGUCUCUGGCUGCUGAGCGCUUGCCGUCCCCGCGACGGGCUGGAAGCUGCCGCGGUGCUCCGAGCGGCGGGAGCAGGACCAGCCUGGAGCCCGGGGGGCGGCGGCGGCGGGCGGACCCUCGCCCCAGCUCCAGGCCCUUCAGCUCUCCAGGCCGCUGCGGUUCCCGGUCCCCGCGCUGUGCGCCGCGCCGCGGGCUCCGGCUUCAGGAACGGCUCGGUGGUGCCACACCACUUCAUGAUGUCGCUUUACCGGAGCCUGGCGGGGAGGGCUCCUGCCGCGGCAACUUCAGGGCACGGGCGCGUGGACACGAUCACCGGCUUCACAGACCAAGCAACUCAAGAGGAAUCGGCGGCCGAGCCAGGCCAGAGCUUCUUAUUCGACGUAUCCAGCCUCUCGGACUCCGACGAGGUGGUGAAUGCCGAGCUGCGCGUGCUGCGCCGGAGGUCUCCGGAGCCAGACAGGGACAGUGCGACCCUCCCUCCGCUGCUGCUGCUGUCCACGUGCCCGGACGAGGCCGGCACAGCUCACUUGCUGCACUCGCGGGCCGCCGAGCCCCUAGACAGCGCGCGCUGGGAAGCGUUCGACGUGACGGACGCGGUGCAGAGUCACCGCCGCUGGCCGCGCACCUCCCGCAAGUUCUGCCUGGUGCUGCGCGCGGUGACGGGCGCCGAGAGCAGCCCGCUGGCCCUGAGAAGACUGGGCUUCGGCUGGCCUGGCGGUGGCGACGGCGGCGGCACGGCAGCCGAGGAGCGCGCGCUGUUGGUGAUCUCCUCCCGCACGCACAGGAAAGAGAGUCUGUUCCGGGAGAUACGCGCCCAGGCCCGCGCUCUCCGGGCCGCCGCAGAGCUGCCACCAGAUCCAGGACUAGGCGCUGGAUCUCGGAAAGCCACCCCGGGCGGUCGCAGGCGGCGACGGACCGCGCUGGCUGGGACUCGGGGAGCGCAGGGAAGCGGUGGCGGCGGUGGGGGCGGUGGCGGCGGCGGCGGCGGCGGCGGUGGCGCAGGCAGGGGCCACGGGCGCAGAGGCAGGAGCCGCUGCAGUCGCAAGCCACUGCAUGUGGACUUUAAGGAGCUGGGCUGGGACGACUGGAUCAUCGCGCCAUUAGACUACGAGGCAUACCACUGCGAGGGCGUUUGCGACUUUCCUCUGCGCUCGCACCUGGAGCCUACCAACCACGCCAUCAUCCAGACGCUGCUCAACUCCAUGGCGCCGGAUGCGGCGCCAGCCUCCUGCUGCGUGCCCGCACGUCUCAGCCCCAUCAGCAUCCUCUACAUCGACGCCGCCAACAACGUGGUCUACAAGCAGUACGAGGACAUGGUGGUAGAGGCCUGCGGCUGCAGGUAGCAUGAGGUCUGGGGAGGGUUUUGCUGCCCAGGACCCUAGCCGAAGAGCGUGAGUCACCAGGCCCGAGGGAAGGCGGACAAUGUUCUCUGCCAGCAGAGGAGAGCACACAGUUAACACUCACAUUUACACACUCCUUCACUCGCGCACAUGUUUACUGUGGAUGCCAGGCGCUGAAAGCCUUGGACAGAGAUAGUAUGCAGCGACUUGAUGUCAUAGCCGUGUUCGUUUGCUGACGUUGAUACAAACCUCUGUCCCUUUGGGGAGAGGGAAGGGUGUCUGUGUUUAUGUUGCGGUAAUUGGCACUAAAUCCAAGUAGAAACGGGUUAGCAUUGGAUUCUCCUUUUAUUUGGAGGCCGUGUGGCUCUGCUAGGUGGCUGGAUUCCUGACACUGGACGUGGAGUUCCACUGUAGGGCUGUAAUACCCAGAUUCUCUUGGGGGGUGGGCAUUGGGAAUCUUCAAAAAGGACCCGCUGGGGGUCGCAAGGAGGCGCACAUCUCCUAGACACGUCUCACGUGGUACUGUCUCAGUUUUGAAAAGGAAGCUUUAUGCAAACGAAUGGGUUGUGCUGCAAAAGCCAAGACCGACUUAAAAACAUCAAUUCCAAUUAGGAAUGAUCGGGAAAGUAGGAAGAACAGCUUUCUCCUGAGGAUGUGUGUGAAAUGGAGGAGACAGGUGAGGAAUAGGAUAGGAUCUGCCAGGUUUAGAAGCGUCUAGAAGGCAGUAGCAGGAGGAAGAUAGAGCAAUGGCUGUAUACGGGGUAGUGGAGGAUUGUGCCAAGAGGAUUUCCUAAGAGGCUGGAAACGGCUGUCUGUCAGGGAGUCAGUGUCCCAGGGCCACCAGCUUCAGCUUCUCACCUUCAGAAGUCAAGCGCAUUUGUCAGGUAGGCACAGUCCCUUCCAAAAGACAAUGAGUGCUUGUGCUUAGCUUCCCUUUGUUAGCACAUCUGUGGUGGCCUGUGUGUGCCUUGUGCCUUUGACUGUGUUCCUUGCUUUUUUUUUUUUUUUUUUUUUUUUUUUUUGGCAGUGUGACAAUGAUGAGGGGGAGUGAAGCCACACAAAUGCCUUUGUCAGACCUAAACACACAGUCUGGGAGGAGUCGGGUCCUUGCUCCUAGAUGGUGGAAUGAGUGGGUUGCAGGCCUGUCUCCCAGCUCCAGAAUUUUUUGUUCUGCAGAGGCAUUUGAUUUCUUGGUACCGGUUCAUCCUCUGGGGCCUCCUGUCAAUGGCUGGGGAAACAGAAACAAGCUGGGCUGCACCUGUCAGAGGGCUCAGAGGACCUCUUUAACAUUACUCUAGGUUUUCUAAUUUAGGCUUUGGGAGAGGAGUUAAUUCUGUCUUGAAUGCCAAGGCCCAGGGCAGUUUACAGGUAUUUUAUUUUAGUUCUUAGUGGAUACUCCUGAGAGACAGGAAGGAUGAAAAUUUAGAUUCAGUGAAUUUUAUAUUUAAGAGUCACAUCUGAGUCCUUUUCAUCCCCUCCCCCCAUGUAUAAUUUAUCCUUUUAGAAUGUGAACUUAUUGACUGGGGAUCUCUGUAAUCGGAAAACACAACACUUUCAUCAUUUUUUUUCUUUUUCACAAAGUGGCUACUCUUGAUACAAUUUCUUUCUUUCUUUUUUUCUUUCUUUCUUUCUUUCUUUUUCUUUUCUUUUUUCUUUUUUUGGCGCCUGGGCAGAGAUGUACAUCCAGAUUUCUGGAUUCUGCCAGGAAACUUCCCUCUUCUGUUUAAGAUGAUUUAAUAGUGGCUGUUCUCGUGUCACAAUGGAGAAUAAAAUGCUUGAAAAGCUAAAAGCUGUAUUAGAAAGUUUAGAAAAAAAAUGAAAAUUUACAGUUGACUAUUAUUUUUUGAGAAAAACUUAGAGUGUUUACUACUUUUGUAUAGAAGCAAACAUUUUAAUACUUUUUUUGUGACUAGGCCAAACAACUUUUGGGGGAAAAUAACUUGAUUUAGCUUGGUUGUUAUACAGUAGGGAAAUAUCCAUUAGCCCUGCCCCUUUUAACUUGAUGACUUCUUUCUAACAAGACAUAUUGCAUGUGACGUUUUGAGAGUGGGUUUUCCCCUGUGUUGAGGUUGUACCCACAAGAGGGUACUGUCCUUAGAAUGGUCACCAUUGUCUUCUGUCUCUGAGACCUCCGGUGCUCUUUGUUUACUGAAUGAUCGGAACUUCUCCCAGGUUUCCCUUGAACCUUUGUAGAACUAUCCCUAGCAACAGUGCCCCUCUUCUGGUUCUAUUUCCUAUGGCCAUCUUCUAGAGGAUGUAUUUUGUGACCACAAAAGGGCUAACCGCAUGUGGGGCAGAUGGGAUGUGGUUAAACUAGCUUGCCAAGAGGCGGAGAAAGACUGCUGCCUGCACAGUUGGGAACACUCUUCAUCAUCUGCCUGUCACCUAGGGUUUAGUGGGGCUGGGUGACCAGGACAAACUCAGCUGAAAUCCUUGGUUGGAUGCUGUGGUCAGCACAGACUAUGUCUGUUAGGGUGUUCCCUCAUCCCCAGCCUGAGAUCACCAAAAUCUUCCUGCUGAAGUAAACAGAAUUCUCCAUGUUGCUGGGGAACAGUGCACAGCUACUUGAGAUAACCUGAACCACUACUUCAAGUGAGUGGAGACUGACAGUCCCAGCUCAGGAAGCAGGGGCAGGCCAGCUGGGCCUACAGGCUUGCCAGACACUAAGCUGGUCUGGUUUGCUGCUUGAAGCCAUAAUUUAUGGAUUAAAGUAACUCCUCCAUUGGCAGGAAAGCAUUUUCAGGAUUCCUAGACUCUGGCCUUGUGGGAUUUGGGGUUACCAAGCAGCUGGGCUGGACCUUUGCAGAGAGGGUGGUCGGUUACUUAAUCUUAUUGUGAGGAAAAAUGGCUGGAUCUGUGCUGGGCUGUGUAGUGUUCAUGCUCGGCCUUUGCCCACUUUCCUGGCAUUUCCAUGCUCAAGCGGCAUGGGGUAAUAAGCUUGUGCAUUGUGGGUGGUAGCGCUGCCGAAGGUCAGCGGAUCUGUCUGUCCCAUGCUGAUCUUCCCUGACAAUCAUCAUGGUGUCAGCAGGGACAGAAGCUGGAUGUGAGUCUUGAAGAGAGCUUGGGCAUGCUCUGGAUGCCAAUCCUACAGGUCCCCACCUCCCCAGCUACUCCCACUCAAGGCCAACACAAGUGCGACUGUAGAUUGCAUUUCUUCUUAAAUUAGGGUAUCCAGGCACAUUCUUUCCAAGAGCAUCUUGUGCCCCAAGAGGCUCGCUCCUCCUUUGAGUCUACCUUGAAAAGGCAAUAGAAAGUAGAGGACACACUGCCUUGAUGGUUCCCCAGAGAGUGUCCUCUUGGGGGCCACAUAUAGGGAGGCAGGGCCCUUGCCAAUGGACUCAGCACAGGGGCCUCAGCAAGUGGGUUGAGAAGGUAGAGGUCUGGAGGAUGGAGGUCUGAAAGCAGCUUUCUGUCAGGGAGCAGUGGGUCUCCAUUUCCCUUUUGUAAGUGUCAGGGGUGGGAAGGGAAGAAAGAAUGUGGAUAAGAUGUCAAAGUUGUUACCCAAUUUGAGGAGUGGGUGAGACAUUACUAGAUCUCCAUAGGGUGGUCAGCUGAUGUCUCUGGUUAGCCUUAGAAUGAAGGCUUCUCUAUACCCAGGAGUUAGUUCUCUUCAUAGUGUAGCCUGGACUCACCUUGUAGGAGACCAUGCAGGCAUCAGGUCUCUACAGGUGCCUCUCUUGAGAGACAUCUGAGACACUCAGUCAUGGGCAGUCAUCUCCCUGCCUAGAUCUUCAGCAUCUGUCCCUUACAUGACAACUGCUCCAGUCCCAAGGUUCCAAGAUUCUUCUUAGAAAGUUGUCCAGACACUCCAAGACAAAUAAUCCUAGCCACAGCCGCAUCACCAGAGUUCUGAGAGUGUGGGCUUGUGCACUUAUCUGAAUGCUGGAGCUUAGCAAACACUGCUUCAGUUUUCUACCCAGGGUGGAGCAGGUGCAGGAGAGGCCAGGAUCUGGGUCCUGGGCUUUGGCUCCCCAACAGCCAGGAGCUGCUCUGUGCCCCCUGGUUGGAGAGUGUGCUUGUGUUCACAUUGAGUCACAUCCAGGCUGAGCUUGCCAGGUGACUUUUUGAAAAUGGUGGCAGAGUCAAGCAUUAAAAGAAACACUAAAUGGGAAGAGUUCAGAAGAGGUUUAUUUAGAUCCUCCCUCCCCACCAGCUCUGCUUUUUGUAGCAGAUCCCUUUGCAGCUUUAGGCUGAAGCCAAGUUUUUUCUCCCCCCUCCUUUUUUGGGCCAGAGCUAAGGACAGCACAAAGGGGUACCCCAAUUGGGGCAGUGGUGAGGGAACUGUUCUUAAGAGGACCAAAUCCCAGGCUGCCAUGAGCUCUCUUGAGUCAGCUGCUGUGAGCUCUGAGAUCAUCCAGGGACUGAGAGAUGCUCUGCUUCUGACGUGCACACAUCCUUCUUCAGGAGCCCUGCUGCCCGUGCUGUGCUUGCAGACAGCUUACAACUUGGCUGUAGACCUCCAGCCAGGCAGAACUGGGGAUGGUGCCUCCUGGCAGCAGUGGCAGUCAUUACAACAAAGUGUAAGUCAGCAUGGGCAGUGGAAGGUGUGAGGUCACUGAAGACCAGUCUGCAUUUCAAGGCUCUCUUGCUAUUGUCAGUCAGUCGAUGUACUCUCUUAGCAGCAAACCCGUUCACCUGGCAAUGGUCCUGUUCAGUGCUGAGCUUACAGGCCUCCUCCAGCAUCUGUGAGGCAAACACAGGACUGGUUUCUUUCACAUGCAUCCCUUUCAAUGGUAAGAGGGCUGUGGCAACCAUAGACACUUCCUGAGACUCGUUUCUGUGUUUGGUGUGAAGGUGUGAGGAACACAUUUUGCUCCAGCAGGUGAAGUCCCUUCCAGAGUGAAAACGCCGCUUUUAGAGGGAGUGGCGAGAGAGAAUCUGUAGCUCAGAAUUUCUUAUCCCUUUUGGUGGAUACUGAAAUAAGCUGCCUAAAGAAAUCAGAAAAGACUGAAUGCCAAACCCAGGCACCGUGAGUGCUGUGCUACAAACGUCCAGAACAAGGUCAGCUAUUGUGUUUUCGCUAGCUGUUUUGCUAUUAUUUGAAUGGUGGUGGCUGGAGAUGUGACCAGGCAGGAGGUGGGCAUGGAGUUGUCUUCUUGUAGUUAUGUAGUGCUCCAUCUGACCAACACUGGAAUCCACCUCCCUAGUUCCAAUGUCUAGCGAUGGGAUGAGAUGCCAUGUUUUAUAUCUAGGGCCCUCAGACUCUCCUCUGUCAGUUUCCAGAACUAUCUGGCCCGUCUAGCAUGUGUACAUAGUGGACCAAAACAAGAGUUGUGGGAAAGGUGUUGCAGAAGUCCUGCUGAGUUAGAAGCAAAUGUGAAUUGAUCCCUCCAAAGCACACAAUCUCAACUCCCUUGGUGUGCGUGUGUGUGUGUGUGUGUGUGUGUGUGUGUGUGUGUGUGUGUGUGUGUGUGUGUGUCCAUGCCUGCAAGCUAUUCAUUCGAAGCGAUUGCGUAUAACCUGUCCCUACUUAGACAGUUAGUACUUCUAGACCCCUGUGACGGCCUGGCUCCUUUAAGACAACUCAUGUGGGCAAUAGGAAACCCUUACAGGACUUCUCAGUGGAUCAAGUCUGCAAGGCAGUGACAAGAUGUUCUGGGGUUAGAUGUGGGGGGCUUUCCCUGAGGCAGGAGUGAGGUCCUAGAUUCCUUCCGAGGUGCAGCAGCCUUUUGCUUUGAGGACUAUGGGAUGGCUUGAGGAAUGGGCCUUACUUUUGGAGUCAGCCUGUCAGAGUCAUACAGAGUCAACCAAUCUGCACUGUGUAUAACCGAUGAUCCAGUUUGGUGAGAAGGUUCAGCAUGCAACAUGCUUCCAGGCCGGGCAACAGGUUAGUGUUCCAAGCUGGGAACUGAGACUCUCUUGAGAGGAGUUUCUCUGGCAUUCUCCACCUCUGAUAAAUCACAGACUAAACAGAGCACCCUUAGGGUCCUUUUAUUUUUGCAUUUCACAUUAUAUGAUAGGACAAACAGCUUUUAUGUUUUUGGGUUCUUGGAUAAAGUCAUCAUUAGGUCUUUUAGUUGGGAAUUUUUGUUUUUGUUUUUUUCUCACUCCAAAUGAGCAGUUGAUGCAAUAAAAACAAAAAAUAGGGUAUAACACAGUCUGUGACUUGCCCUUUUAGCGGAUGAGGUAAGCAGUUCUGGGAAGUUUGGGAUAUGUUUUCACCCUGCCUUAUGUAUAAAUAAAGAAGUAGAUCCUUCCAGUCCUCUCACUGGGGAGGUUGUUGCUGAAUCCUGAACCUGCUCGUGGCAUGAUGCUGUGUAAGCAGGUCCUGGGUGGGCGAUGGAAUGCGGCACACACGGUGAGUGGCCCGCAGCUUAAAAAGUAAAUUUAAUCUGAUUCCUGAUACUGUUAUUUUAAGGAAAUGGCAAAGCUGGAGCGAUGUAAUGCCACCAAAGCUCAGUUCCACGCUGUUCCCUCAGCAGCUAAAGACAGAAUUAAUUAGUUUCAGGGGAAGUAGCUUUCAUUUUGCAAUGACACCUACUGUUCCUCAGGAGGUGGAGCAGGCGCUGGGAGGGAGAGGUUUUUAAAACCCGAAAUCUCCUUGUUGGCAAUCUUCCAGCUCGGAUUUGGCCAGAGCAGAGCUCCGUAGCUUGCAGGCUACAGUUGAGCAUCUGCCUGCUGCCCAGACUGGCCACUCAGGCGGUCCCCAAUGACACUGUGCAAUGCUGUUGUGACCAGACUAGCUAGCAGAGAACCAACCCUUGGAGGGCGGGCGUGAAUCCAUGUGUAUAUGUAUUCUUGAAUUUAAGUAGGUUGUACAUAUUGAAAUGUAAAUGACCUGUAAAACAGCAAGCUAUUUUUUCUUAACCAUUACAUAGCAGUAUAUAUUUGCUAAACAGCUUGUACGCCCAUCAUUCACCACUUUAAUAUUUUGUACAGACAGACAAAGUCGAUUAAAUAUUUUAUUCAUAAA